AUGCUGACAGUGUUCGUAGUGUUGUUCCAACUUUCCAGUUGCUACGCACUGGGGCGUUCGGGUGCGGAUUUGCCAGGAAAACGACUACAAAACCACGGCGAAAUUCACAAAGCGAAAAAUCUAAUCGAUGCGUUAUCUUUUAAACUCCAUACCAAGUACGAAAAGCUCACGUUGCAAUCGAACGAGAAUUUGGUGCAAAGUGCGUCAAUUCGAGACGAACUCAAGAUGCUGAACAAGUUGAAGGGACUUCUCAAUGAUCUUCUGAAUAAGAGUACCGUUUGCGAAAAGUUCUACGCAAAUUUUGAUUUCACCGCUGCUCGUGAAAUUUUGAUAGAUUCCAGCGCGUCCUUACAGAAAGAUUACACUGUUGCAUUACAAGGUAUUGUGAUUAUUGUCUAUCAGUCUAUGAAACAGUUUUUAAUGUUUUAAAGUCUUUAGACAGACUAAUUAUUGAUGCUUAUAAUAUUAUAUUAUGCAUUGAUGGUGUUUAGUUAGUUUAACGCUGGCAAAACUUAAUCGAUCUGAUUCAAUGCAGUGUAAAUACACGAACGCGUGUUUCUCUCCUCUGUGGUAAAAGCAUGCGCGUGACGUCACUGAGUACAUGUUAGGAGAGUUUCAAUGUCGAUCUUUUCAAUAAAAUUGUUUACUUUGUAAUAUCAUAUUACCCAACCCAAUCCCAGGUAUGAAUACUGAAUGUUUUCUUAAUCGUUUUCAGUGAACCACCGCGAGUUGAUCAACAAUGAUCUGGCGCUGGCAAACGGUAACGACUUAAGGGUGUAUUUCCGAAGAGACGAAGACUGCAGACCAAGAGAACUUGAUCGAAUUUUGGAAAAUAAUGCCACAACGAAUACAAAAGUGUUGUUCAGACUUCAAGAAGAUUUGAGCGAAACUGUUCGUGAAGGAUCCGCUUACUACUUGGUUUAUGGUAUGGUAACAGGGCCAGCCGAGAGAAUUUGCGGGGCCCGGGACAAAACUUCCCUGGGGACCCCAUGACAUCAUUAUUUUUAAGCUAGACCUAACUAGACCUUAGCUAGACUACAUGUGGAGGUACUCUAAGGGACCCUCAAAUUCAAAAAUUCUCUGACCAAUUUAUGCAAACUGCGCAAAAAUACGAAAUCCUCAAUUGAAAUAUUUUAAAAAGGCCAAGAGCAGCUUCACAGCUUCCCAUGUGCGACAUUUAGCCAUGCACAAUAUUUUACAGAUUCUAUUUCCAGGAAACAAAGACGCCGGCAAAGCCAGGCAAAAUCCAGAAAAUGUCUACUUAUUCUACGACGAUUUCUCCGACUCAAACCUGGAGAAAAAGUGGCAGAAAAAUUGGGGCGAUAUUCGUGUAGAAAACGGCGCGUUGAAAUUAAAAACUCGCCAAACGCCAACCCGCGAUGCCGGCGAAAUUUCAGUAUUUGUCAAACACGGCUAUGAAUGGGAAGAUAUCGAAGUAGAACUAGACUUUAACGAAAGAAAUAACGUGAAGGCACCAGGGCCAUUUCUGAGAGUUCAGGAUGCGAGGUUUCAGAGCACCACUGCGUGGUGGUUUGAAUAUAUAACAGGAAAAAAAUUUUGUAUCAUGAGGCCCUUUAAGAACAACAACGACGCAGGUUGGUUAUACCGGCGGGGUGCCUUAGCUAAACCAUUGUCCGCAGGGUCAUGGUAUCACGCUAAAUAUCGAGUUGUUGGUGACAGGUUUGUAGCAUUACUUUCGUAUCUAAGGAGAAACAGUCAUAGAUAAAAAAAUCUCUAGUCAGUCUAACGUCAAACAUCAUCGUUUGGAUCUAACCCAUAGAUAUCUUAUAUACACUAGAUAGCGCAUCUAAUUAUUCUGCAAUUCAAAAAUUGAAACCGUGAUUCAGCAGACUCAGGAUAUUCCCAUGAAAUGAGAAGAUUCGUAUGUUUUCUACUUCUUAAACAGGGAACUUAAACAUUAAGGUGGCUCCCUACAGUUUUAGGUCUGUUUCGCGGAAAUUUUGUCCACGCGCGAGAUUAGUAGUGCUACACGCAACAUACGUGGUAUAUCUUUACUCUAUGACGUGGUUGACUUUGCACACUUGCACGCGUGGCGGGUUUUUUAAAAUUGCGUCGUGAUAUACACGCGCGGGCCUUCGUGGGAUUGUCGGCUGGUCGCGCGAGGAAAUUGAAAUCCUGAUUUUUGUGACGUCACAUAGAUAAAAAUAAAUGUAUUUUUCUCGUGUUUCCUUCGGUAAAAUUUUUUAAAACUUCACACACUUUCCUGUAAUCUUGAAGUGCGUAAAAUUUGCAAGUUCUAAGAAAAUCGUACGAGCCCAAUUUUUUUUAUUCCAAAAACAGGGCUUUUUGAGGAUUAAAAAAAUAAUUCUCGUCCGAUUUUUUUUAAAUGCUAUCAUUUGAAGGAAUUAUAGAUAAAAUUACUGUGUGCAAAAAAUUAAAAAGUUUUACCGAAGAAAUUUUCAAAAAAUUAUCAAAGAAUCUGCAAAUUGGCUCUUUUUAAAAUCGCUUUGUUACCAUGGCAACGGGGAUUUUUAACGACAUUUUUUAUUUUUCGUAAUCCGCGAUAUUGUAGCAGUUAUUUGGCCGAGUUUCCGUGAUUAUACUUUGCAAGAUGAGAAAAUAAUGGUUUUUUGAAACAAUUGAGUGUGCUUUACAAUCAAAACUGUAGGGAGCCACCUUAAGUUAAACCUAUUCCAAAUACAUUUUCAAACUAUUCGAAUGAUUAAUGUUAUUGUUGUUUUUUAAGCGUUUAUUAGCGAGUGGGAAACUUCAACAUGGCCGCCAUCUAUUCAAAUGGGGUAACCGCUGGAAUAUUCUUGGCUUCAAUUUUACUAAAAGAGAUGCGGCUAUCUAGUGUAUAUAAGAUAUCUAUGAUCUAACCCCAACGAAACCGUCCGUGGGGAGCCUUUGGUGUUUGGUAGUAGAGUUAUUAGGGAGCGCCAGAUUUUUAUACAGAGCCCAAUAAGCGCUAUAAUACAAAAUGCCGCCAAUGUUAGUAGUUAUACUAAUUUUUGGGUGAAGUAAUUUGUUGUGAAUAUACCGCCAAUUACGUUUCUAAGGCCUUUUUUAUACGUCGAAUUUAAUUCAGAAUCAGACGAAUCAGUUAAUUCGUCAUUGAAUUCGUCAAUUGGUCGGCCAAAUGAAAUGGUUUCGUUUCAAACGACGAAUUUAAUUCAGACGAAUUCAUUUCAUGACUAGCAAUCAUGGAUUACCCAGAAGUAAAAAAAACGAGACCAGAAAGAGAGAAUGCAUUUAAUUCGACACGACGAUAAUACGUCGUAUAAAACGAAGACGUGCUACAGACGUUGUAUCCGUCUGACCAUGACGGAUAAAACGUCUUGGACGAAUUUAAAUCGUUUCAUACGAUGCUCUACUCGUCGCAUUUCAUUCGUUCAAUUAAAUUCGUCUGAAUUAAAUUUGACGUAAUUUAAAUUAAAUUAAAGUGCAACGUAUGAAACAGGCCUAAAUUUGGAAUACCGGAGCACCAGCAUGGCGUGAAACCCAUAAGGCUGCCAUGCCGUAUAGGGAGAUAUUGGGAGAUACUCUUACGGCAGGGGAUUAUUGCAUUUUGUAGGGGGUAUACGUAGGAGAUACCUGCGGGAAAAAACCCAGUUAAUUUGUAAGGAGCGUGGGGGUCUGACUCUAUUACGGUCUGAAUUUCUGAAAUCCAGGGGAAUUUUUAAGAAAUUACAACUACUGGGGUUAAGUCUCAAUCAGGGCCUUUUCCCCGCACAGUUACGGCUACAUAAAAAUCAUCCUGUGCUCAGGGGCAGCGCUAGCUUUUUUUUAAUGGGGGAAGUGGGUGUAAGUGAAAUAUUGCCUACUAAUUUCAAAUGCUAAUUGGUGUUUCUUUUCCCAAAAUUGUUGGCGAGCGAGCUGGUGGGGGGAGGCGGCCUUCACGGCUCAACAUCACAAAUUUUUCGGACAUUAUAAUUUUCAUUUUCGUUUGCAUGGGUUAACGUAGCAUUGUUUGUUUAAAUUUUUCACAAUUUUAGCUAUAGUUAGAUUUUUAUCAGUGUCAAUCAAAUGUUUUAGUUUCUUUCCUUCCUAUCCAACUGAAAUUAGAUAAUUUGCGAUUGGGGGUGGCCGCAGUCAAAAGGGCCCAGCUCAUCUGAAAAUCAUGCUUCACUAUCGGGGAAAGCAAAGGGCCUACUGGGGUAUAUGCCCAAGUAGUUAUAUACUUAAAAAAUGCCCUGCUGAAAUCAGUCGUUAUUGCUGUUUUUGGCUUUCAGACUUUCAGACAAGACAUAACACAUAAUACAAAUUUUUAAACAGUUAAUACAAUAUUCAAACAAGCGAAUAAGAGGAGGGUGAAAAACAACCUAUAUUAAAAAUAUUAGUAAAUUAAAGAUAUAAUGGUUAGUAGCUGUUAGUAGAGACCUAGCAAAGCAUUAGAAUAGGUCAAGAGGAGUUGACCUAAUGUUGGCAUUUAAAAACGUAAUUGGGAAUAUUCACAACAAACGUGGGAACUGUGCUUCGCAGUUUAGAACCAAAUAGAGUUGUCCAGUAUAAAAGAUAUUUUAGUUAAGCUUUUUUGUUUUAGUAAAAGAUAUUUUUGCUGUCUAGGUUUUCACACUGGGUCAACAAUGUGCUUAUCCAAAACAAUGUAAAGGUUUCCUCACAAUGGAUGAUCACCAAAGGCACCUUCGGUUUGGGUUGUCAUAAGUAUGAUAUUGGAUGUCACACAUCUUAUGAUAACAUCAAAAUAACAAAAUACAUCACUGUUUUGCCAACAGUAUCUCUAGGUACGCUAGCUCUUUGUAAUAUAUGCAACAUAAGCAGUUUUACAUCAGAUAUACUAAAAAUAGAUCCUAUAGACAUAAUACAUUGAAAAUAGUGGUUCUGGAGAUAUCAAAGUCAUUGUAAUGAACUUAGUAAAAAAGAAAAAGUAAAAAAUUCUCGCAUAAAAUAACCUUCUCUUCCUGUUUCAAAAAUUCACUUAUUACUAAAUACCACUUCUUUAACAGGCCUGAUUUAUUUAGCUUCAUGGAAAAGGCUAAUGUGGGAAAGACUAAAAAGUCUGUUUGUAUCCAUCUAGGAACUGAAUGCAAAGUCGACCUGAAGAAGUUUCACGGGUUGGGCACAUCCAAAAAGAAUCCUGCAACAUCCUGCAAGCAAAUACAUGAUAUAUCGUUGAAAGAUGGAAAAUUGGACAAUGGCUUGUAUUGGAUCAAGACAUCCGCUGACCGUUCCGUGCAAACUUACUGUGAUCUCACAAAUGGUGGGUGGACAUUGGUAGGAAAGGUCAGCGGUUUCGUCAACAAACUGUAUAAGUUUUGGUUGAUAAAGAAUUAUAAUGUUGUGGUAUUGAAUAGUCCUGCUUUGCCAAGGUAUAUACCUCAUAUAUAUGUAUGUCAGAGUUCAAAAUAGCUCAGCUAGACUAAUUCUAGCUAGGGAGAAUGCUUCCUGCAAAAUUUUGAAAUCUGCGAUGACAUUUCCUGUGUUCUGAAGAAGAUUUGAGUCAUUGGACGUCAGAAACUGUGUCAUUUUCGUUAUCAGGCAGUGAAGAGUUGUUUAAUUUUAUUGUAGUAAAGUUGGCUGCAUUGAUGCGCGUUACCUGGCAACCUAUCAUGCGUCAACUGUGAUGUUUUCCAGCGGUAAUAACAAAAAUGGUAUUGGUUUGAAGUGGGUGCAAUGGCCGCUACCAUACGGACGAGAAAGUGACAGCCUCUGGACACAUAGUGUUGGUAGAACUACUGUAUCCAAAGCGAGGAUGCAUCCCGUCACCGUUAAAGCUUGGAACGGGAAGGAACAGGUUUGAUAUAUAUUAUGGUAUUUGAAGCUGGCAAGACUAACUUGCCCGUUUAAAAAAAUAUAUGCUGGAGAAUUGUGUGAUAAUUAAUAAUGGAGAAAUUGGCAACGCUAGAGGACUAAAACUGCAUUUUUUUUCACUCUUUUUCAAAGGUAUGCUACCAAAAUAAAUAUGGAAUCAUGCCUCUACCUCAACAUGGCGGCUCCUAUCCCUCCGCUACAGUUAACACAGCAGGCAAUACGCGCACCAAAGACUACUGCAUGGCUGUUGGCGUGCAGAAGACAGGAACAACUGCUGAUGGAUGGACUCAGAAUGGCAACGGAUAUGACUCAGCUAGGAGCGAUUCUGAUUGGCCAAAUUCUCAGUACAACCAUGUAUCGCCGUAUGUUACAGUGUGGUUAAAAUGAAGUUACAAAAACAUCAAACGGUUUCUUGUUAUGUUUAAUCAACGUGGACAUAUAUCAACCCAUGUUUUUCAGCAUGCGCUGUCAAUGCCUGUUAUACCGCAGUUAUGACAAUGUCUAUUAUUCGAGCAUUAUAAUAACUUUUUUCUAAUAUUUUACGUCUUGUUUUAAUUACAACUACUAUAAGUAUUUGAAAUAUAUACGAGUACAUAUCUUUAUGGAUUUCAAAGAACGAGAGUCAUUUCCCAGAAUAGCUAGUUCGCUGAUGGCGUCGUAAUCGUCGGUCUUUGUAAGUUCAAUAUAAAAUGGACUUAAUUGAUUUUCAUUGUUAAAAAACUGGUCCAAAACUUAUACAUCUCGCCGAAACAUCACAGUAUUUUCGAAAAAACGGCGUAUAUAUAUAUAUGUUCUACAUGCUGGCGGCGUAUUUUUUUGGAGAAUAAAGCAAUUUGAGGGGCGGGGGGGGGGGAUUUCCGAUUCGAAGUGCUUGUGCCGACGGAUCGACAAUCGGAAGUCGUUUGCCUUUUAUAUCAUGUAUUAUGUAAACUAUAGUGGCGGCCGCAACCAUCGAGUGCGCAGUCUCGGAAAAUAUUAGUCCAACAAGAGAGAAAUAAAAGGAGAACACACACAUCAAAUAGGCAAGUAAAUGUCAUUUUAAAAUAUACCUUCUAUGACAUUUUUACUAUAAUAUACAUACUAUAGUGACCCUUGCAAGAUUGGGCCGCCUGUGUUUGGACAUCCUACAUAUGUAGAGUUCGGCAGUAUUUAAAGUGGCACCAUCCUUAAAAUUUCUUAAACGAAAGUAACUUGUUUUGAAGAUUUUUGUUCCCAUGCUUAGUUCACAGAAUAGAUACUAGACCAGAAGGGUCACUCAGACGAUAUUUCGUCCGAUAUUUUACGUGCUGACGUGAAAAUACGCCAUCAUAUGACGCCAUCCUGGAGUGCACACAGAAGUUUUUCAUAGGUACAAACAUAGGUACAAAGUUCCGUGUGUACUCCAGGAUGGCGUCAUAACACGUAAAAAAUUUCGGACGUUUUCCCAAGCCAAAACACAUAGGAGUGAUCCUUCUGCUCUAGUAUCUAUUCUGUGCUUAGUUCUUGAGAUAUUUCAUUUUGUUUGUAACCAUGUGACGUCACUGACUCAAUUACAUAUAUAAUGAGAUAUCAGUAAUUGUUGUCAGUGUAUCUAUGCUAUUUUUUAUCAAAACCUUUCCAUAGAUGCGGCGCGUUUGUUAAUUUAACCUACAUCAUUAAGCAUACUGAGUUUUUUAUUAAACAAAUCCAUCGGGAAUACAGGAGCACGCAACAUUUACUGAUAUCAUUACAUAUGUUUUAUAUAUGUAAUUGAGUAAAUGACGUCACAUGGUUUCAAACAAAAUGAAAUCUCUCAAGAACAAACUAUUGGAACCAAUUUUUUAACAGAAGUUACUUUACAGUUUUAGGAGUUCUUUCGUUUGAGACAAUAAAAAUUUUAAUGACAGUGCCACUUUAAUGGAAAGGCGAAUUAAGCAAGCUGGAGGGGAUGUAAAUGAGCAUAUGGCCUUAUAGUUAUAAGAAAUAUUUCUUUAUACUGUAUAUAUAAACCAUGCGAUCUUUCAUACUUUUCAAAAGGUGUGCUACCUUCGUCACAUCUACUGUGCUUGUGAUGGUUUUUCUCAAAGAGAAACAACAAUGCAAUCAAAAUAUCGACAAAGCGAUUGCUUAAUUCAACAAACCCCCACAGGUAAAACAAUGAAAGAGAAUUGACGCACGAAAAAUAUUUUGAAACGUGACCAAUAUAGCUUCACCAUUCAGAAGACACCUUAAUCAACGUGUUUGGAUAAUGUACAAUGAAGUUUGACAACUGUUGUUAAGUGUGUUUACUGUUAUGGAGAUUAAUCCGGAGCAUGUAUUUGGUCUGGAUAAUGCAACCGCAAUUGUUUUUCAUGUAAUACCAUUUUGGUCAAUUUUAUCUGGCCCUGAUUAAUUGAUGAAAGCAAAUCAGAAUUUACUUUCAGUACAUGCAACUGUGCAAUUUAAUCCUAACUAUUCCUUUUUGACAAGUUGUCAAGAUACUAUAUACUGAUACACACGCUAAAACUGAAUACAAUUAGGUACACGCAUUCAUUACGUCUCAAGGAGCUCAAGGAUUAAGAAACUAGACUUUGCUUGGAGACGAAAUUUACAAAAUCAUGUCUGCAAAUAUUCUGCCUGCAUUGCUAAGUUUGGCUUUCGGUUAAUUAAAAAUAAAAUGACUGUUGACACAAUGGUUAUUGAAAUCUUUUAUACUUAAAUUUCUUCUAAAAACUCUAUAAAAACUCAAUAUCUAAAGUAAAUACAUCAUAUUUUAAAAAAUUUUGAAACCGCUUAUAUUGCAAAGUGUUACAGUUAUGCACAAUUUUAUAUAUCAUCUCUUCUCGUACAGCUAAUUACGGGCGAAAACCGUCCAAGGCCCAUGGGAUUAGAUCGAUCAAUUCUCAAACACACAUAAAUAUUCCUCUGCAACAAAGAUAGUAUUACAUGUUUCUGGUAAUUUAUCGGACAGGGUGUCCCAAAAAUGCCAUCUGAGGACAUGCAGGUAACUAGAAUCUUUGAAGCGCCUGCGCAAAUAUGAGCAUCCAAAAAUGAGCGCAUGCAGUAAUCAAGAAAGACAAAAGAGAAAAUAGAUAUCUUUUGAGACUGUCACCAUGCAAAAAUUUAUGCUGAGCUUAUGUAGUUUAAUAUAUAUAGUUAGGAUCAUGGAAUCUCAUAGUCGAUCGAGCGGAUGCAUGCCUACUAAAAAUCUGUACCUUAUAUUAAUGCCUACAAAACAUAGUGUUUUGGACAUCCAAUAUGUAGAGUUCAGCAGUAUUUUCUACAAAGGCGAAGCAAACAAGCUGGAGGGGAUGCAAAUAAGCAUAUAGCCUUCUAAGAAAUAUUUCUUUAUUACUGCAUAUAUCGCCCUCAACAAUUAAUGAGAGGUCGCAUGCAUGGUCACUGCAGGAGAAUUUUUUAAAAAGGUGUGCUACCUUCGUCACAUCUACUGUGCCUGUGAUGGCUUUCCUCAAAGUGAAGCAACAAUGCAAUCAACAUAGCCACAGAGCGGUCGCUUAAUUCAACGCACCCCCACAGGCAAAACAAUGAAAGAGAAUUGAAAGGCGCACGCAAAAUGAAACGUGACCAAUAUACCUUCACCAGAAGACACCUUAAUCAACGUGUCUGGAUAAUGUACAAUGAAGUUUGACAAUUAUUGUACAUGUUGUCAAGUAUGUUUACCAAAUUCUGGAGAUUAAUCUGGAGCAUACACUAUAGCUGCAAUUGUUUUCGUGAAUUUUGGUCAAUUUCACUUGACCCUGAUUAAAUGGUGAAAACAAAUCAGAAUUUUCUUUUAGUCGAUUCAGCUGUGCAAAUUAAUCCUAAAAAUUCCUUUUUUGACAAGUUGUCAAGAUACUUAUACACACUAAAAAAAUUCGACUUUUCCGCUUUGCUCGGGGACAACCUUAAUAUUGAAAUAGCUGUAUGUGAACCAGGCUUAUCUUUAAAUUGGUGAUGACAACUUGGUUGCUUGCAUUUAAUCAUUUUCAAGACAUCCCCCGCGUCACAUCUAAACGCAUGUCAUCACGCGUGCAUUUAUUUCAUGUUUACAUAGCAACGGACCGACCCUAUUUAUUGCCGUGCGGAUCCGCGUCAUGCUGUACAGUCAAUCGAGAUUUGGAUGGAGCUGAGCUCAAGUCUUUCAAUAAUGUUCGUACUAUUCGUCAUUCCGUUCCUACUUUCCAGCCACUGCGCGCUUGGAAAGCUGCACAACUACACCAAAAUUCACGAAGCGAAAAAUAUAGUCGAUUCAUUGUCCUUCAAACUUCAUUUGAACUUUCAAAAGCAACAAGGCAAAUACGAACAUCUGAAACUACAAUUGCAUGAUGAGUAUUUGAUGCAACGUAACUCAACCAAAGACGGAAUCAAGAUGCUGAAAAGGUUGUGGAAUCUUUUAAAUGAUCUAACAAAAAAGAAUUCCAUCUGCGAAAGAUUUCAAAGUUUCAUCGCGGCUCGUCAAAUACUGAUAAAUUCCAAUGCAUCAUUACAGAAAAAUUACACUGUUGCAUUAGAAGGUAUUAUUGUUAUAUAGACUGCAGUUUAUAAUAUUUGUUUUAUCUUUAAUUGCUUUAAUAAUAAACUUCCAGUGAAUUAUGUUUUCAUGAUAACAGAUUUCUGCUUCAGUGAGGCAUCAGAGGCAGUUGCGUCAGCGAAGCAGCAUACUAUUCUUGAAGUGACUUAUUACGUAUGAGCCUGAAGAUGCAUCAAGUUCAAUUUUCAAACGCAAGUUGUCUGAAUGUGUGCGUACAUUUGAACCUUACGGAGGGAAAACCUGUUCUAAGGCGCUUGAAAAACAAUUUGCGUGGUUGAUUUCGAUACUUUUAUAGUAUAAAUUCUUAGCCAAGUUGUAUAACUUCAUCGCCGAUAUUCGGGAGCAUUGAUUUUCCAGAAGCCAAAUCACGAAAAACAAAGGACCGAGAUAAAAACGCAUAUAACGGUAUAAAUCAGUGGGAACUGUAGUGUUUAAAGCGGAAAAGCGGGAGUAGUUUGGGAAAGGUACUCUGGUGUCAUUUUCCUUUUUAUUUCAUCAUCAUCAUUAUUUCGAACGGUCUAAAUAUUGUGGAAAUUGCACUCUCUCGCGCGCGUUCAAAAUUGAGGUGUAUGUGCUUUUUAGGUAGCGAUUUCUUAUCUUCAUUUUAUUGUUUUACUCUGAUGCGUCUUUUUGGAGGAAGAAUUGAAGGGCUUAGCUUCCAGUUUUAUCCAUGAGGACGCUAUAACCCCCUUACCCACCCCCUAUCCCCCCACCUUAGUUGGCAGUUGUCGUUCGAGAGAUAUUUUAUCAGUUAAAUUAAAUCGUUUUCAGUGAACCACCGUGAGUUGAUCGACAAUGAUCUGGCGCUGGCAAAUGGUAACGACUUGAGGGUGUAUUUCCAAAAAGAUGAAGACUGCAGACCAAAAGAAAUUGAUCGAGUCUUGGAAAAUGUCGCCACAACGAAGACAAAAGUUUUGUUCAAACUUCAAGAAGACUUGAGCGAAACUAUUCGUGAUGGAUCCGCUUACUACAUAGUUUAUGGUAACGUCAUUAUACCGUUUAAUUCGACAUCAUAAAUCGCGCUGUUUAAAAUGUGCACUAAAUUGAAAAUUCCGCAAACGUUUCAAAAUCUUUAUGUUAGCAUAGGGUCUUCUGGUAUCUCUAUUACAAAAUUAUUCUAAAGAGCAAAUUUUGAGUGCUACAGGGCUAUUUUUCAUGCUUGCGAAAAAAAUGGAAGGUUUGAAACGUAAUUUGAAUUCAUCUUGUGUCAAUUUACGCCAUAUUCUGCUAUAUUUUUCCAGGAAAUAAAAACGCUGGCAAAGCAAAACAAAAUCCAGAAAAUGUCUACUUAUUCUACGACGAUUUCUCCAACUCAAACCUUGAGAAAAAGUGGCAGAAAAACUGGGGCGAUAUUCGUGUAGAAAACGGUGUGUUGAAAGUGAAAACUCGCCAAACGCCAACUAGGAAUCAAGCUGAAAUAUCAGUCUUUGCCAAACACGGUCAUGAAUGGAAAGAUAUCGAAGUACAACUAGACUUGAAUGAAAGAAAUACCGGGUCUAAUGUUGCACCUGGGCCAUUUCUGAGAGUCCAGGACGCAAGAAUUGAAAGCACCACUGCGUGGUGGUUUGAAUAUGUAUCAGCAAAGAAAUAUUGUACCAUGCGUCCCUACCAGAACAACAAGGACGCAAGUUGGUUAUACCGGAGCAACUUAGCUAAACCGUUGUCUCCAGGAUCAUGGUUUCACGCUAAAUAUCGCGUAGUCGGUGACAGGUUUGUAGGAUUGCUGUCAAGUCCAUUUUUAAGAAAUCGUGUGUAAGGGGGGCAUCUACGGAAAGGGACCAUAUUAUACUGAGUAUGGAAGGAUGACAGAUGGUUGUUGGUGAGAAAACGUUUGGCGUGGUGUUGUAUGUAAUAGUAGGGGGUCUGGAAAAUUUUCGUAUUUUUCCACUGCCUAGGAUUGCAUUUCGUGCAUUUCUGAAACAAAUUUUUCAUUUUUGGAUAUACAGCGUUACAUUAUGCUGUAGAUAGACUGAAUCUUCAGUUAAGUACUUGCAUGUUUAUGUGUUUGCCACAACUCAGUUACUAACUUGUUUAGCCUAACCUUCCAACAACUCAAAUCUAUAGGGUCUGGGAUAUGCUAUCCACUCGGAAAUUUUUGAAUUACAUUUUUAAAAAGACAUCGAAUCAUUUAAAGAUAAAGGACAUGACAUAAGAUUCGACAAGCAAGGUUCAUGCAGUUCACUACAAUAUCAAACCUCCCUACUAAAUUCAAUUUUAGUCGUGCAAUAUUUUGUUCAUGUGUAAUUUUUGAGCGAAGAACAGUUUAUAUGAUAGAGCUGUAUAGUCAUAUAUAAAAUAUUUUAGUUAAGGUUUAGCUCAUUUUUACCGUCUAGGUUUUCGCACUGGGUGAACAAUCGGCUCGUUCACAACAAUGUAAAGGUUUCCCCGCAGUGGAUGAUUACAAAAGGCACCAUGGGCUUUGGUUGUCAUAGGGGUAAUAUUGGAUGUCAUACAUCUUAUGAUAACAUCAAAAUAACAAAAUAUGUCCCUGUUUUGCCAACUGUAUCUCUAG